AUGGCAUCAAGUGAAGACUCCAAAUCCAAACCAUCAGCCACCAGCAAGCAACAGUCCUCAUUGCCAACUACGGUCACUGUAUCCCCCACAAAUAAACAACCACAACAACAAGGAGGACACGAUUCCAAAAUGUUAUUCGGUACCAAAUUGGAAACUGAAACUUAUGCACCAUGGAAAGACUUUUACAUCAACUACAACCAAUUAAAGAAAUUGCUCAAAGAAGGGGUGAUUUUGAAAAACAACUGGACUGAUAAAGAUGAGCAAAACUUUGUUAGUGCCUUGGAUGAAAAUUUGGAAAAAGUAUUCACAUUCCAACACAACAAAUUUGAUGAAUUGAAUGAUGAGUUGGAUAUCUUGCAACAACAAACUGAGGUAGCCGACACUUUCGAUGUUGAUGCAUUUUCUAAGAAAUUGGACCAUUUAUUGAAUGAAGCGCAAAAUUUAGAGCAUUUUCAACGUUUGAACUAUACUGGAUUUAUCAAAAUCGUCAAGAAACAUGAUAGAUUGCACUCCAAUUAUUCUGUUAAACCAUUGUUGAAUGUUCGUUUAAAGAAAUUACCAUUCCAUUCGGAAGAUUAUUCACCAUUGUUGUACAAAAUUGGAACUUUGUUUCAAUUUUUAAGAGAAAAUUACGAAGUCGAUCAAUCGUUAUCGAAAUUGUCAUCUUUUAAUGAUGGGGCAUUGAGUGGAGAGUUUCAAUCUUUCAAGUUUUGGGUUCAUCCUGAAAAUUUGAUGGAGGUAAAGACCACUAUAUUGAGACAUUUACCUGUAUUGAUUUACAACUCUAAAAAGGAUGAUGAUGACGAUGACGAUGAUGAUGACGACGAUGACGAAGAUGAAGCAAAUGGUAAAGAUAACAAAGUCACCCAAACUGAUCAAACCAUCAAUUGUUUGUACUUUGACAAUGAACAUUUCGACCUUUACAAUCACAAAUUAACCAAACUCAAUAAUUCAUCAACAUUGAGAAUUAGGUGGAUUGGGAAGUUAUCAGACAAACCUAAAAUCACCAUGGAAAGAAAAGAGUUUGAUGUCAAUUCCAAUUUCCAUGUUGAUGACAAGAUUGAAUUGAGGCAAAAGUAUAUCAAUCAAUUUGUUAUAAACCAUGAUGUUCCCAAAAAGUUUGUUAAAAUCAAUGAUGAAGCUACUGUCAAGAGAUUGUUAAAAUUUAUCGAUGACAACAACUUGCAACCAAUUUUGAGAACUACUUACAAGAGAACAGCUUUUCAGAUUCCUGGUGAUGACAAGAUUAGAAUCAUUAUUGACUCCAAUUUAACUUUUAUCAGAGAAGAUUCAUUUGAUCCAAUUUUACCCAUCAGAGAUCCCCAUCAAUGGCAUAGAUUGGAUUUGGAUAACCCUAAAAAUAAUCAACAAUUUUUGAGAAAAGGUGAAUACAACAAAUUCCCAUUUUCAACGAUGGAGAUCAAGAUUAAAAAAUCGUCAGUUAAAAACUUUAAAAAGUUGCAAUGGAUUAAUGAAUUGAUCAAUAGUAGCUACUUAGUUAAAGAAAUUCCUAAUUUCUCCAAGUUCAUCCAUGGUGUUGCAUCAUUAUACUUGGAGGAUGAUAAAUUGGAUAACAUUCCCAUGUGGUUUAAUGAAUUGGAAGGUGACAUAAAUGAUGAUUUACCCAAAGUUCCUACAAAAGUUAACAAUGAUGGAAUCACUCAAUUAAGCAAUGAUGAUAACUUGUCAAAGUUUAAAUCAAUGAUUUUGAAAAACAACACCUCCAACUUCCAACCUCGAUCAGCAUCAUUUUCGGGAAGUUUAUUGUAUAAGGGAAACAGCAACAACCAAGAUGAGCUCGUGUCAGUGGCAGAGACCGGAGAAACAGAAGCUGACGAUUCAAAGAUUACGCCAGUCGAUGAAGAAGAGGAUGAAGGCAAUCUUUCUCCAACAGGUAAACCAAAGAAGCUUCAGCAACAACAACAACUGGGCAACUUUACUACUGAUGAUCAAUCGUCCGACUUUGAUGAAGAUGAAGACGAGGAUGAUGAAACUGGUAUUACCAAAGCUAAUCGUUUGAAGAAAUUGAUCAAGUUCCCUCAACAAUUUUCAAAAUUGAUUGAUGUUGAUUCCGAAGAUGAAGAAGUCAUUCUACCCGCCGGUGUGGUUAAACCUGAACAAUGGAUUAAGAACAUGGGUCCAAUCAAGAUAGAACCUAAAGUGUGGCUUGCCAAUGAGCGUACAUUUAAUCGUUGGUUGCAUGUCACGACAUUAUUAAUGUCAGUUACAUUCAUCAUUUAUUCAUCAACCAUCAGAUCCAAUUUCCAUCAAUUGAGUACCUAUUUGGCUUAUUUUUAUUUCGGGUUAACAGUAUUUAGUUGUCUUUGGGGAUACUAUAUUUUCAUUGUUCGAAGAAAUAUCAUUUUGGAAAGAAGUGAUAAACAUUUGGAUAAUUCAAUUGGUCCAUUGAUUAUUGCUUUUGGAUUGAUGAUUGCUUUGAUUAUUAAUUUUGUGUUUGGAUGGAAGAGUCUUGAAUUGGAUUAUGAGCAUAAUGAGUUUUAUGACAACAAUCCAAUGCAUAAAAAGAUUCAUCAAUUUAUGGUUGAAAUGGUGAGCUAA